AUGCACGCGCUCAAAUCUCUGGUGCUCCUCGGGGUAGCUCUGACUUCCGAAUUGAUAUCCGUUCUCACCACCAAUCCAAUUCUCCCCGAGUUCUCAAUGAGAUUUAUCUACAGGGAAUUUCACGAGACAGUGGUCGUCAGCGAAAAAAUUGUCACAUUUAACUAUACCAUGGAGCAUCUUUCUCUGUCCCUGCUCGAGCGUCUCCAGCGCGCCGACGAGGAGCCAGUUGCAAUCGCUCCUCCCGAAUGUGACCCUCAACCGGGUCUGGCCGUGCAUGACCACUGCGAUAACGAGCGAGCUGAUAAAAUGAAAGAAAUUGCGACCAUGCUCAAGGACCAGACCAAGGCUGACGAGAAGAACAUGGAUGAUCUCUCUCUCAAGCUUAUGGUUGACUUUUGCACUUGGGGAGGCACCCUCUUCGGAGACACUAUGGACAAUCUCAAGGCUGCCAGCGACGCCCUCGGCGCGAAGGUCGAGUUGAUGUCAGUUAGCGAACAGUCUGUCAAUGACAAGCUUGCAGACGCCCAGAAGACUUUUGCCUAUCCUCUGUGCGAUUCACUCGUUCAGGACAGCAAUAGACAGACGGGAGAGCCCAUUGGUGACAGCAAGAGAACUCUCAGCGAUGCUGCUACCACUUUCCAGGCUCGUGUGGAGGCUAGUGGAAAGGACCUUGGCGACCUUUAG